CGACCGCACAAGUGACGGAAACUGCUGCUACAUUCAAACUCCAGGCAUUGGACAAUUAAGGAUGGCGCUAAAGUACACAAUAGAGGAAGCUGUGACUGCCUGGAGAAGAGCAUCGCAAAUUGUUUUCUAUAAUGCAGGUCGAUUAAGCAUUCAAGAUGAUGUUGUGGAUGUUACCGUCACAGCAAGUCAACGAAACCUGGCUAAGGAGGAAAGCGUACGAUUCCAGACCCAUUUCAUAGUACAAAAAAGCAAUUUGAAUUUGCUUUCUCAAACUCCAUCAUCUGAUAUCUCCACAGAGAAGCUUGUAGCAUUUGGAAGCAAAUCAAAUGUGACUGCCAUCAUUAGGGAAACCCCUGAUCCGAAAUCAUACGAAAAGAAAAAUAAGCAAAUCUUGGAAAUUUGGAAAGAUAACUAUCUAUGGAACAGUGUGGACCUUCAGCAUCUGGAUAAACAUGGCAAAGUCUACACUGAUGGGACAUUUGGCUGUUUGGGAUUCUCACCAGAUGAGAAACAUUUGGUGUAUCUAGCUGAGAAAAAAGAACCAAAGAAGCAAUCCUUUCUUCAGUUUGGCGUAGCUGCAUCAGCUGAAGGCACCAAACUGGGAAUCGAGUAUGAUUUUGUAGAGGACUGGGGAGAGCAGCUUGUUGGGAAAUCACAACCAGUCAUUUGCAUAUACAAAGUUGAUUGGGAACCAUUCCAAUCUGAAGAUGCUGUUCGAAUUUUGGAAGCCAGCAACGAAUGGAGUCCGGGACAGUUAGUGUGGUGCUCGAAUCAACAUUUAGCUGGUGUCGCGUGGUAUCAUCAACCGCGCCGAUUAGGCAUUAUAUAUUGCUCUAAUCGUCCGAGUCAAAUAUUCAAAGUUGAUGUGUCUUCCGGCAAAUAUGAUUGGUUUGGCUUAAAGAGUAACACAGCUGCAUCGCCGCGCCACCAUGCAGAAUCCAAUACCCUUGCCUAUUUGACAAGCUUAGCGUAUGGACCUCACCAUAAAGAGCAAAAAAUUGCAAUUAUCAGUCCAGACGGAACAGUUAAACAGGUGCAAACUGACUACAGCGAAUCAUAUAAAGGGAUGUAUAACCAAUCGUUUCCUGAGCGAUGCUGGUCAUCCGAUGGCAAGCUUGUCUUUUACACAACACCAUGCAAGAGCAGCGUCCAGUCUUACGCUUUAGUGCUUGACACUUGCAAAGUUCACAAGCUUUCUUUGCCGGACGGUUGCACUGGAAGUGUUGUUCUUGACGUUUUCCAAGAUUUCAUACUCGUUUGCGGAGUUUCGUUAACCAGACCAGAUCAACUAUUUAUUGGGCACUUUAAUCCGGCCAAGAUAAAUGAAGAGCCUAUACAAUGGAAACGGCUUUCAGGCAAUAACGUUUUACCGUCUGCCCAUUCACUUGCUACCGACGUACUGUCGUUUAAACCUGAAGAUCAAAUGGAAUAUGAAGCUACUUUAGUCUUCCCGCAAAAUGCGUCGGAAAAGACCCCUCUAAUUGUUAUCCCUCAUGGUGGUCCCCACGCCGUGUCGACAGAUCAAUUUAAAUCAGAAGUUUAUUUCUUCUCCCAGCUAGGAUACGCUGUUUUAUUUGUCAAUUAUCGCGGUUCGACUGGAUUCGGCGAGCAGUCAUUGUACUCUCUGCUAGGAAAAGUCGGCGCGCAAGAUGUUCAAGAAGUUCAUCAUGCUACUGUUCAAAUGGUGGAAAAACACUCUAAAGUUCUCGAUAAAGAGCUCGUGUUUUUAUUUGGCGGAUCGCACGGCGGAUUCCUCGUUACACACUUGAGUGGGCAAUAUCCCGACUUUUAUCGAGCCGUCUCCACCCGCAAUCCUGUGAUAGACAUGGCGUCCAUGUUUCCUAUUACGGAUAUUGCCGACUGGACCAUUGUCGAGUCUGGUCUUGGAGAUGGUAGUGAGCUCGAGAACCUCCUCGAACCGCAAUCAUUUUCAAAGAUGUGGGAGUUCUCUCCCAUUAGAUACGCGAAAAAGGUAAAAGCUCCCACCUUGUUGCUUGUGGGGAAAGUUGAUCGUCGAGUGCCUCCAACUCAGUCAAUGGAAUACUAUCGAGCGUUGCAGCUCAGCGGAAUCAAAACAAGGAUGAUUUUGUACGAAGACUGUCAUUCCCUAAGUCAAAUUCCGUUCGACACGGAUGCACUCAUCAAUACGGCUUUGUGGUUUAAAGAGAGCUUGCAAUAGCUUAUUAUUUAUAGCUGGGAUAAGUAUUUUUUAUUAUUAUCUUUGAUUUAGUACUGAAUAAUUUGCGGUUAAAAUAAAAAUGGGAUAAUAA